GUUUUCAUUUUUCUUCGCCUCGGAAGAAUCGGUGACCACUCGUAGUAGAUUUUUCGGUACAAUUUGUUUCUGGAGUUGUGCAGCUAUCAUGCGAAAAAUAAAAAUACGGCGUCACUCUUCGUUUUUGCAAUCCGAAAUAAAAAAAUCGGCCUUUUGUUCCGCAGCAGCAGCGGCACGUCGUGUGAUACUAUCGGGACCAGAAGCUCCUGUUGCGGAAGUACCAGACGUGUCCGUGCUGUGUUCCCCAACCUUCUCUGCAGGAACUGACUCUGACACCGCGAGGAGGACAUCUUUUCCGCCCAGUAUUGCGAACGAGGUUUAUGUUGACAACAAUGGAGGUUCAGGUGGUUUCGGCACCACUGCUGCUGCGACAUCAUCAUCCGGAGGACAUGGUAGUUCAUCAUCUGCGUUGCUACAAUCACAGGAAAGCACUCGGCGACCCCGCCUGCGGCGAAGAUGGUGUUGGGUAGAGGAAUCGCAGCCUGGACCGGCACUUCCCGAGGAAGGUGGUGUCCACCGCGACAGCGACUUCGUGAAGAAGAAAGAGCUCGCAACGACGACGAGGAGGACUUCCCAGGAACAAAUUGUGUCACCAGGAGGUGGCUCUUCU